ACUUCUUGUUACGGGUAACGGAAGUGUGGCGGCGCUGGGUUGAGCGGGCUUUUUGGAAGUUUGUGGCGGAGUUCUGUGAUAUGAGCAACAAUGGACCAGAAGAUUUUAUCUCUAGCAGCAGAAAAAACAGCAGACAAACUGCAAGAAUUUCUUCAAACCCUGAGAGAAGAUGAUUUGACUAAUCUCCUUCAGAAUCAAGCAGUGAAAGGAAAAGUUGCUGGAGCACUCCUGAGAGCCAUCUUCAAAGGUUCCCCCUGCUGUGAGGAAGCUGGAGCACUUAGGAGACGUAAGAUAUACGCUUAUUGUAUCCAGUUAGUGGAAUCAGGGGAUUUGCAGAAAGAAAUAGCGUCUGAGAUCAUAGGAUUACUGAUGCUGGAGGCUCACCAUUUUCCAGGACCAUUAUUGGUUGAAUUAGCCAAUGAGUUUAUUAGUGCUGUCAGAGAAGGCAGCCUAGUGAAUGGAAAAUCUUUGGAGUUACUACCUAUAAUUCUCACUGCCCUGGCUACCAAAAAGGAAAAUCUGGCUUAUGGAAAAGGUGUACUGAGUGGGGAAGAGUGUAAGAAGCAGUUGAUUAACAUCCUGUGUUCUGGCAGGUGGGAUCAGCAAUACGUAAUCCAGCUCACCUCCAUGUUCAAGGAUGUCCCUCUGACUGCAGAAGAGGUGGAAUUUGUGGUGGAAAAAGCAUUGAGCAUGUUCUCCAAGAUGAAUCUUCAAGAAAUACCACCUUUGGUCUAUCAGCUUCUGGUUCUCUCCUCCAAGGGAAGCAGAAAGAGUGUUUUGGAAGGAAUCAUAGCCUUCUUCAGUGCACUAGAUAAGCAGCACAAUGAGGAACAGACUGGUGAUGAGCUGUUGGAUGUUGUUACUGUGCCAUCAGGUGAACUUCGUCAUGUGGAAGGCACCAUUAUUCUACACAUUGUGUUUGCCAUCAAAUUGGACUAUGAACUAGGCAGAGAACUCCUGAAACACUUAAAGGCAGGACAGCAAGGAGAUUCCAAUAAUAACUUAAGUCCCUUCAGCAUUGCUCUUCUUCUCUCUGUAACAAGAAUACAAAGAUUUCAGGACCAGGUGCUUGAUCUUUUAAAGACUUCGGUUGUAAAGAGCUUUAAGGAUCUUCAACUCCUCCAAGGCUCAAAAUUUCUUCAGAAUCUAGUUCCUCAUAGGUCUUAUGUUUCAACCAUGAUCUUGGAAGUGGUAAAGAAUAGCGUUCAUAGUUGGGACCAUGUUACUCAGGGCCUCGUUGAACUUGGUUUCAUUUUGAUGGAUUCAUACGGGCCAAAGAAGGUUCUUGAUGGAAAAACUAUUGAAACCAGCCCAAGUCUUUCUAGAAUGCCAAACCAGCAUGCAUGUAAGCUCGGAGCUAAUAUCCUGUUGGAAACUUUUAAGAUCCAUGAGAUGAUCAGACAAGAAAUUCUGGAGCAGGUCCUCAACAGGGUUGUUACCAGAGCAUCUUCUCCCAUCAGUCAUUUCUUAGACCUGCUUUCAAAUAUUGUCAUGUAUGCACCCUUAGUUCUUCAAAGUUGUUCUUCUAAAGUCACAGAAGCUUUUGACUAUUUGUCCUUUCUGCCCCUUCAGACUGUACAAAGGCUACUUAAGGCAGUGCAGCCUCUUCUCAAAGUCAGCAUGUCAAUGAGAGACUCCUUGAUACUUGUUCUUCGGAAAGCUAUGUUUGCCAACCAGCUUGAUGCCCGAAAAUCUGCAGUUGCUGGAUUUUUGCUGCUCCUAAAGAACUUCAAAGUUUUAGGCAGCCUGUCAUCCUCUCAGUGCAGUCAGUCUCUUAGUUUCAGUCAGGUUCAUGUGGAUGUUCACAGUCAUUACAAUUCUGUUGCCAAUGAAACUUUUUGCCUUGAGAUCAUGGAUAGUUUGAGGAGAUGCUUAAGCCAGCAAGCUGAUGUUCGACUCAUGCUUUAUGAGGGGUUUUAUGAUGUUCUUCGAAGGAACUCUCAGCUGGCUAAUUCAAUCAUGCAAACUCUGCUCUCACAGUUAAAACAGUUCUAUGAGCCAAAACCUGAUCUGCUGCCUCCUUUGAAAUUAGAAGCUUGUAUUCUGACCCAAGGAGAUAAGAUCUCUCUACAAGAACCACUGGAUUAUCUGCUGUGUUGUAUUCAGCAUUGUUUAGCCUGGUAUAAGAAUACAGUGAUACCCUUACAGCAGGGAGAGGAGGAAGAGGAGGAGGAAGAGGCAUUCUACCAAGCCCUAGAUGAUAUAUUGGAGUCCAUUACUAAUAGAAUGAUUAAGAGUGAGCUGGAAGACUUUGAACUGGAUAAAUCAGCAGAUUUUUCUCAGAGCACCAGUAUUGGCAUAAAAAAUAAUAUCUGUGCUUUUCUUGUGAUGGGAGUUUGUGAGGUUUUAAUAGAAUACAAUUUCUCCAUAAGUAAUUUCAGUAAGAACAAAUUUGAGGACAUUCUGAGCUUAUUUAUGUGUUACAAAAAGCUCUCUGACAUCCUUAAUGAAAAAGCUGGUAAAGCCAAAACCAAAAUGGCCAACAAGACAAAUGAUAGUCUUUUGUCCAUGAAAUUUGUGUCCAGUCUUCUCACUGUUCUUUUCAGGGAUAGUAUCCAAAGCCACCAAGAAAGCCUUUCUGUUCUCAGGUCUAGCAGUGAGUUUAUGCGCUAUGCAGUGAACAUAGCUCUGCAGAAAGUACAGCAGCUAAAGGAAACGGGGCAUGUGAGUGGCCCUGAUGGCCAAAACCCAGACAAGAUCUUUCAGAACCUCUGUGACAUAACUCGAGUCUUGCUAUGGAGAUACACUUCAAUUCCUACUUCAGUGGAAGAGUCGGGAAAGAAAGAGAAAGGAAAGAGCAUCUCACUGCUGUGCUUGGAGGGUUUACAGAAAAUAUUCAGUGCUGUGCAACAGUUCUAUCAGCCCAAGAUUCAGCAGUUUCUCAGAGCUCUGGAUGUCACAGAUAAGGAAGGAGAAGAGAGAGAAGACGCAGACGUCAGUGUCACUCAGAGAACAGCAUUCCAGAUCCGGCAAUUUCAGAGGUCCUUGUUGAAUUUACUUAGCAGCCAAGAGGAAGAUUUUAAUAGCAAAGAAGCCCUCCUGCUAGUCACUGUUCUUACCAGUUUGUCCAAGCUACUGGAGCCCUCCUCUCCUCAGUUUGUGCAGAUGUUAUCCUGGACAUCAAAGAUUUGCAAGGAAAACAGCCGAGAGGAUGCCUUGUUUUGCAAGAGCUUGAUGAACUUGCUCUUCAGCCUGCAUGUUUUGUAUAAGAGUCCUGUCAUUCUGCUGCGUGACUUGUCCCAGGAUAUCCAUGGGCAUCUGGGAGAUAUAGACCAGGAUGUAGAGGUGGAGAAAACAAACCACUUUGCAAUAGUGAAUUUGAGAACGGCUGCCCCCACUAUCUGUUUACUUGUUCUGAGUCAGGCCGAGAAGGUUCUAGAAGAAGUGGACUGGCUAAUCACCAAGCUUAAGGGACAAGUGAGCCAAGAAACUGUAUCAGAAGAGGCCUCUUCUCAGACAACUCUGCCAAAUCAGCCUGUCGAGAAAGCCAUCGUCAUGCAACUGGGAACUCUGCUUACAUUUUUCCAUGAGCUGGUGCAGACAGCUCUGCCAUCAGGCAGCUGUGUGGACACCUUGUUAAAGGACUUGUGCAAAAUGUACACCACACUUACAGCACUUGUCAGAUAUUAUCUCCAGGUGUGUCAGAGCUCUGGAGGAAUUCCAAAAAAUAUGGAAAAGCUGAAUAAGAGUAAGAGCCUGAACUAUACGGGAGAGAAAAAGGAGAAACCUGCCACCGUUGCCACCGCCAUGGCCAGAGUUCUUCGGGAAACCAAGCCAAUCCCUAACCUCAUCUUUGCCAUUGAACAGUAUGAAAAAUUUCUCAUCCACCUUUCUAAGAGGUCCAAGGUGAACCUGAUGCAGCACAUGAAGCUCAGCACCUCACGAGACUUCAAGAUCAAAGGAAACAUCCUAGACAUGGUUCUUCGAGAGGAUGGCGAAGACGAAAAUGAAGAGGGCACUGCAUCAGAGCAUGGUGAACAGAACAAAGAACCAGCCAAGAAGAAAAGGAAAAAAUAAAUGAAAUGCCUGAGUUAAUGUGAACUUUGGGGCUUCUGCUUCGUUUUUACCCAACAAGCAACAAUGCCCCUUGUCCUACAGCCCACACCGAUGUUGGCAUCUUAGUUCUGAACCCACUGAAUUCAACUGCACCUUCAGUCAGAAGGAAUCUUCUUGGCAGGUCCUGCUACUGAAAAAUGGCUGGCCUUAGGCAAGCCCUUUUGCAAAAAGCACAGCUGAAAGCCUGAGUUUGGGAGCCUGCACCGCCCCGACGAAGCUCCAUGGGAGCAAAUACAGAGCCUCCAGGCAGUGCUAUGGUCCAGGCUGGCUUCGUUUUUCCAAGGAGCCUUUGGUGAGUUCAAUUAUCUGGUAAAUAUCCAGCGCUUCACCUGAAAAAUAGUGCAAAUUGGUUAGGAUGCCACCUCAAUAACUGUAACUGAGAGCUCAGAAGUGAGCAAAGGAGCUUAAUGCUAAAGUCAAAAAGGAGAGUGAAAGGUUGAGAACAAUUGUCACGAAUGGUAAUGUUACAUGUUAGGAGGGUCUGUUUUCUUUUUAUAUAAAAUAAGUUUGUCUUAGAUACAUUUUAAAUAGAAAAUAAGCUUUCUGAUUUGUUUGGUAUUUAAAGCACAGUUUGUUUUUCUGUCAUCUAAGAAUGCACUCUAUAGAAUAAAUCCUCUUUAAGCAUUUCUGCUGUAGUUGGAAGUAGGGGACAGGUACAGGUAGAAUAUUUGAAGCUCUGCUGUCUUCAUUUUUGAAACAUCAUGUCACAUUCAUUGUGGAUACAGGGCACCUUCUAAACUGAAAUUAGCCUAGAA